CGAUCCCGGGUUUUAGUCCUCGCCCAAUUUGUUGAAGGGCAAAAUGGCUACUCUUGCCCGGGUGGUAAAUUUUGGGAUCCCAAAGGUUCCUGAAAUAGUGGGGUUGAUGUGUGUAGCUCAGCGCCACAAGUCAACAAGUAUCACCACAACAAACUACAAGAGAGGAACAGGAGGACGAUCAUCCUUCAAUGGCUCAGUUGUUACAGUGUUUGGAGCAAAAUCAUCCUUGGGUUACAUUGUUGUAAACAAACUUGGAAAGGUUGGUUCACAGGUAAUCUGUGCAUAUAGAGGAGACCCCUACUACAUGAGGGACUUCAAACUUAUGGGUGACCUUGGGCAAAUACUCUUUGCUGAAAUUGAUCUUAGGGAUGAAGAUUCUCUGAGAAGAGCGAUGCAGUAUUCCAAUGUUGUCAUCAACUUGAUUGGAAACAACAUAGAAACUAAAAACUUCACUUUUCACGAUGUGCAUGUGACAGGUGCACAGACAAUUGCACGACUUGCGAAAGAAUACGAUGUUGAAAAAUUUGUCCAUAUAUCUGCGUUGAAUGCUGGGAAAGAAACUAGUAAUAUAUAUAAAGGCGGUUCAAAAUUUUUGAAAGCUAAGCUUGAAGGUGAGCAGGCAGUACGAGAAGAGUUCCCAGAGGCAAUUAUUUUCCGACCUUCAGACAUGAUAGGGCUCAAUGACAGAUUCUCAGAGCAUUUCACAGCUCCUUAUAGAACCCGUUUCAAACUUGGAGCUAUUCCAGCUCGGCCUCUGUUUUACAGAAGAUUAGGUUUAUGGAAAAAUGGUCAAGAGACAGUUAAAAUGCCUGUCAAGAGAGAGGAUGUAGCUAUGGCGAUAGUGAAUGCUUUGAAAGAUCCAGAGGCUGCUGGCAAGACGUUCCAAGCUGUAGGUCCCUAUGCAUACACUUUAUCAGAUCUUGUGGACUACAUUUUCCGAUGUAAGAACAUUGAUCGCCCGAUUUCCGGCAAUAUUGGAAAAGAUAAGAGAGUAGUUUGGUUGACAGAGAUGAUAUACAAAUAUAGAGGAUUCCCUCAUCCUAAAUUCACAAGUGAUGUAUUUGAAAGGGAAACUAUAACAGAUACCUUGGAUCCUGAACUGCCUACUAUAGAAGAUCUUGGAGUCUCUCCAGUGAGUAUGGAAGAGUGUCUCGACUAUACAUACAGACCACUGCGACAUUAUGGAGAUACUUGCUUUAGGCUAGAUUGGGCAACAGAUCCUGGGAAGCUAUCACCUCUAUUCCCAACCUUACAAAACGCAUGAGACGGAAGUUUAGGCACUUUUGCUGGAAAUGUUCUGAGUUUUUUUGAGAAUAUUUAUUACGUUGUCAGAAAAUAUUUCUAUUUUACUAUACAUGAAAAUGUUAAAUUACUCAUGUGAAACUGACAGAAGUAACAGAAGUUAGCUUUAUUUCAGUUGGAGAGACAAGUUAAAAAAGUUGAACGUAGAAUAGAUGUCAGGUAAAAAUUACUAGUUCUGUAUGUAAAGAUUGUAUCACAUGUUGUGAGCGUGUUAUGUAUCAACUUAUUUCAAAGACAAUUGUGAUAUAUAUAUAUCAACUCUUAUUUCAUGGACAAUUUAAGUUAAGAUAUUCAAGUUGAAUUUGAGCAUUAAAUUGAAAUAUUGAUAGAUACUGCCCAAGUAUGGUCUCGGCAGUUAAGUGGUUAAACACAGUAAUUGUUUGUUUGAUGGAAAUAUGUUAUUAAUGAAUAAAACAUGAUGUGCUUUA